AUGUUCACGUCCAAGUCCAACUCGGUGUCGCCCUCGCCGUCUCUGGAGCAGGCUGACUCGGACGCGCUGGACAUCAGCACCAAAGUGCAGCUGUACGGGGUGCUGUGGAAGCGGCCCUUCGGGAGGCCGUCGGCCAAGUGGUCCCGGCGGUUUUUCAUCAUCAAAGAGAGCUUUCUUCUUUACUACUCUGAGAGCGAAAAAAAGAGCUUUGAAACCAAUAAAUACUUCAAUAUACAUCCUAAGGGUGUCAUCCCUCUGGGGGGCUGCCUGGUGGAGGCCAAGGAAGAGCCCAGCAUGCCCUAUGCCAUGAAAAUCUCCCAUCAGGAUUUCCACGGAAACAUCUUGCUGGCUGCCGAAUCGGAGUUUGAGCAGACCCAGUGGCUGGAGAUGCUGCAGGAGUCUGGGAAGGUGACUUGGAAGAAUGCCCAGCUGGGAGAAGCCAUGAUCAAAAGCCUAGAGGCCCAGGGGCUGCAGUUGGCCAAGGAGAAGCAGGAGUAUUUAGAUAAACUGAUGGAAGAGACUGAAGAGCUCUGCCUUCAGAGGGAGCAGAGAGAGGAGCUUGAGCGCCUGAACCAGGUGCUGGAGGCCGAGAAGCAGCAGUUUGAGGAGGUGGUACAGGAGCUGAGGAUGGAGCAGGAGCAGAUCAAGAGGGAGCUAGAACUGACUGCAAGAUGCCUCAAGGGUGUGGAGCAAGAGAAAAAGGAGCUGAGACACUUCACGGAGUCCUUACAGCAGACGCUGGAGGAACUCUCCAUAGAGAAGAAGAAAACCCUGGAAAUGCUGGAGGAGAAUGAGAACCAGCUGCAGACACUGGCCAAUCAGAGUGAGCAGCCCCUUCCCAGUGGGGGUCUCCAUAGCAACCUGAGGCAGAUCGAGGAGAAGAUGCAGCAGCUCUUGGAGGAGAAGCUCCUGGCAGAGAAGCGGAUGAAGGAGAACGAGGAGCGCUCGCGGGCCCUGGAGGAGGAGCGGGAGUUCUACUCCAGCCAGUCCCAGGCGCUGCAGAACUCGCUGCAGGAGCUGACGGCGGAGAAGCAGCAGGCCGAGCGUGAGCUCAAGGCUGAGGUGAAGGUCCGCAUGGACCUGGAGAGGCGUCUGCGGGAGGCAGAGGGGGCCUUGCGGAGCCUGGAACAAGGGCUCAACUCCAAGGUGCGGAACAAGGAGAAGGAGGAGAGGAUGCGGGCUGACGUGAGCCACCUGAAGAGGUUCUUUGAAGAGUGCAUCCGGAACGCAGAGCUGGAGGCCAAGAUGCCGGUCAUCAUGAAGAACUCCGUGUACAUCCACAAGGCAGCCACUCGCCGCAUCAAGAGCUGCCGCUUCCACCGGCGCCGGUCCAGCACCUCCUGGAAUGAUGUGAAGCCGUCCCAGUCCUUCAUGACCUCCCAGCUGGAAGCCGACAACAUGGAGGAGCUGAAGGCGGUGGCCAAGCGGCUCAGCCGGGACCAGCGCUUCCGAGAAUCCAUCUACCACAUCAUGGCGACCCAGCCCAGAGCCCCCUCUGCCCUUCCCCGGGGGGGGACGUGAUGGGCGCGCCUCCCCUGCCCCCAGGUCCUUCCUUGCUGGGGGCAGGAAAGAGCAUUGGGGGAGGCCUGACUCUGCCCAGCUCCUCUCUGCCAGCACUCCCCCUGGGGGCCAGCCUCACCCUCAAAGGACAGGGGUGCCGCCUCCCUCACCCUCACCCCAGACCCUGCCCUGGGUCUAGGCCAGGCCUAUGCAGGCCCACGCACGGUGCUGCCUGGUUGUCAUGGUAAAGCAAGGGAAGGGCCUGAUUGUAGGGAGAGACGUCUGUGGCUGGGGAGUGGGGUGGGCAGGGCCCCCUGCCUCUGUCGUACCCACCGUACCUCUCUGUGCCUCUGCCUUCUCCCCACCUUGACACUUGCUUCCCCGGGGCUUCCCCACCGUCCUUUUGCUUCUGAGACCCACAGGCAUCCCUCGGUCAAGGCCUCUCUUUGACCACACUGUGGGGGAGGGAAGAAAGGGACCUGACACAGCAGCUUCUGGCCUGUGGCCUACCC